CUCCUUCCCGGAAGCGGAAGCUCGGGGGGCGGGACAAGGGAGGUCCGGACGUCUCGGCGGUUAAUUCUUUUUUUCUCAAGUAUUCGUUUCCCUACGUCUGGGCUCUUCUGAGGCUGAGAGAAAUGGUCAGGUCUGGAUCUCGACCGGGCCAGGUGACACCUUCAGGAAGGCAACCCGGAUCGAAGUUACCAAAUGGAAAGAAAGGGACCCACGUGAGAAAAGCAGCACAUUUUAACGUAGAUCCUGCCUGUCCUGCUUAUUCUGAUUCAGAAAGUCAGACGGACACUGUUCAGGGACUUGACAGUUGUGCUUCUUUGCUGCGGGACAUUUUGAAAAAUGAAGAUUCAGGUUCAGAAGUAGUAUAUUCAGAAAAUAGAUCCAAUUCUAAACCUUUAGAAGGCAGAAAGAACAGAUCUAAAAAGAAAGGACCUGAAAAACAUGUUCCUACAGUGGUCCGGAAGGAAAUAUUAUCAUCAGAAAAUAAGAGAUGGAUGCCUAAUGAAACUUCUACUGGAAGUGACGUAUCGCAGCAUUGGUCAGUACAAGAUCAUUACAGAAUGUACUCACCGAUAAUAUACCAAGCCCUCUGUGAACAUGUGCAGACUCAAAUGUCACUGAUGAAUAGCUUCGCUUCAAAAAAUGGCCCCAAUGGAAGGCCUGCUAUGUGCCAUACCAUGUCUAAUUCAGACUCUCAGGCAAUGUCACAUUCUGGUUUUGGCUGGUCUUCCGCUUCAGUCUGGCCCCCUCAGCAGCCAUCCUGCCAUCUAAUGGUCCACUCUGAAGUUCAGACUGAUGAUGUUAACCAGUUUGAAUCACAGGGUCAGACAACCCCUGUGCGGCACCGUGAUGCUCCCAGGACUUUAUCCAGCGUCCAUCCUGGAGUUGCACAUGGCCCUCCCCACUCUGACGGUGCCGCUGCUUCAAAGAUUCAGCAGCUGAAUCUUGGGAGUUGGAUUCCGCCACAACAGAGAGCUCCUAAGGAAGCAGAGCUACCAAAGUGUUUCCAAACACACGUGUCUCUGUUUCCAGCUCAUGGAAAAGAUGCUCUCUCGGACAGUCAGGCAUACCCAAGUCCCUCUCAGUUACAGCCAGCCUUCUUGGCCACUAAUGAAGAAAAAUGUGCCAGAGAACAAAUUGGAGAGGCCACAAAUGAAGGAAAGUAUUUAAGCAUCCAUGAGCAAGACGCAAAGCUCGCCAAGAAUGUGCAGCAGGCAGACAACGUGAGCCAGACUGCUGAGAAAGUCAGAAUUGCCAAGUGCUUGCUGGGAGAACUCAAGGCCCUGACGCAAGAGCAAGAGGACUCAGAAGUUCAGAGAUUGCUAACAGAAGUAGAGGCGUGCAUAUCUGGACUUUUAGCAGUGAGUGGUCACAUAAAUGUGGAAGUUGAAAUAGCCCUGGCCCUGCAGCCGUUGAGAAGUGAGAACGCUCAGUUGCGGAGGCAACUGAGAAUUUUGAAUCAGCGCCUCCGAGAACAAGAGAAGAGUACAGAGACACCUGCUAACCUCAAAUUGUUUUCCCUUCAGUCGCUGUCACUGCAGAGUCAGCUGCAGGAGUCGCUGAAGAGCCAGGAGCUGCUACAGAGUAAAAACGAAGAGCUCCUAAAAGUGAUAGAAGACCAGAGGGAGGAAAACAGAAGGUUCUCCACCUUGUUUAAAGACGAAGAGCAAGCCCUGCUUCACAGCAGACAGCAGUUUGACAUGGAGAUGACCAGGGUGAAGAUGGAGUUGGAGGAAGCCUUGGCCAAUGAGAAGAACUCUCGGUUUAAGCUCGAGGCUGCAGAAAAGGAAAAUCAGAUACUGGGAAUAACUCUCCGCCAGCGGGAUGCUGAGGUUGCCCGCCUUAGGGAACUUACCAGAACUUUACAGAACAGCAUGACGAAGCUGCUCUCAGAUCUCCAUGUGGACACUGCCCGCUGUAAGAUGGGGAACAGCCUCACCAGAUCACUUCUGAAUGUCUAUGAUCAACAAUUUCAACGGGACCCAGCCCCUCCUCACAUCUCCAUAAUGAGCUACCUCAAUAAAUUAGAAACAAAUCACAGCUUUAUACAGUCAGAACUGCCUAAUAAUGAGGAAACCCCAAAGUCAAACAGUCUCUGUGAAAAUGUGCUGCCCUCACAAAGACCUCCUCAUAGUGACGCUAGGGCAGUGGAUGGGGGCCCUGCCCCUGGAACUGUCUCUGCUGCUUUAGUGGAGGAUUCUGACACAGACUGUGAAGCCGUCACUGUAGUAGAAGAUGGGUGUGACGUGGACAGUACAUUUUAUAUUCCCUUUGCAAGAAGCACUUCUAAAAAGCACUCGCCACCUUCUGAGAGACUGUCCCCCCAGGCGAAGGUGAGCGCUGCUGCACCACAGCUCGCCAGCGGCGGUGCCUGUGCCUCCAAAAAAGAAAGUAAACCGUGUGCACCCGCAGUUUGUCCCUCACGAGACAAAGCGGAAGAUGCACCUGGAAAUCUUUCCAGCACAUACGACACAGAGGACGUGCAGCUCCUCAGGAAAAUCAGAGAAGCACUUGGUAAGAUCCCUGCUGCUGCUGGGCACCCCAAGGAACAGGCCACCCAUCGUGGCCCACCAGCUCCACUCAGCCCUGGCGUUCCUGUGAAGGGCAACAUUGUGGCUGACAGCAGCUUUCUCCAUUCUGACUUCAUGUCAGACUGGAGCAUCUCCUCGUUUUCAACAUUCACGUCUCGUGAUGAGCAGGACUUCAGAAAUGGCCUGGCAGCGUUGGAUGCCAAUAUCGCUCGGCUCCAGAAGUCCUUGAAGACUGGCCUUCUGGAGAAAUGAUUCUGGGAGGAAACUGAUUGAGUCCUUUUUUUAAAGUACAGAACUUGACUACAUUCAUAGUAUAUUUUGGGUUUUCUUAGAGAGAACAUUUUAUAUUAUUAAUUAUGUAUGAAAUAAUAAAUGGAGUAAAUUUACUGUUAAGAAUAUUUUAACACCUGAAACUUACAAAAACAAAUUUUCUUGAAAACCAACAGUCUGGGAGAAGAAAACUGUGGAUCAGGAAGUAUUGAUUUCAAGGCGCUUUACUUGACAGCUUCGGCUUCACAUAGAAUUCUUCACUGUGCAACGGCUGGGUUGGCGGUGCAGCCACCGAGCAUUUCUGUCUGUCUGGAAGGAGAGUACGAAAGGAUCAGUACUGUUUAAAUGUUCUCUCUGCACUGGAAUAUUGGUUUCAUGGUAGUGAUCUUGUGUAUGGGAAUACUCUGUGUUACGAGCUAGUGCUGCCAAUGACAUGCGCUAACGUUUCAGAGAGAGAAGAGGCAGGUGCACCCACCUCACACAAAGCAUUGAUUUGUCCAGAGAAAUACCGAUGAUUGAUUAAUACAUAGUUUUUAAACCUUGGGCAAUUUAUUUAUAUUUGUCCUGAAUGCAUGUUUUAAGACCUUUAAAAAAUAAAGUCAGACUGAUAAGGUAAUGCUAAAUAACCAAGUUUUACCUUAGUAAUUUUGUUUUUUAGUAAGAAUUAUUGGGUUUUCCGUAAUGUCUUUGGAAGUGAUGGAGUUUUGCAGAUCUCAGCACUGGUGGUGAUUCUGCCUUCCUGACCCAGUCUCCUCCAUGGUUUAGCCGAGUGUGCUGCUCUGUGAUUAACACGAACCAUGUUGCACCAGCAGUUCUCACCCACCUGCUGUCACCUCUUUCUGUGUAAACACAAAUCAACUCUUAGACACUAAGUCCCGCGCCAUCAGUAACCUUUGGUACAUGUUACCUGCCUGGCGUAGUUGAAUUUGGUUCUUGGAAAGCCUCUGGCAAUGGAGUAGUCUGCUGGUUCCAAAUUUUCUCCUGCUUCUACAACCUCUGAAGGACCCUGCUGGGCUACUUAACAUAUCCUGACUUUAUGGGGAGGGUUUUUUGUUUGUUUGUUUUUUGUUUGUUUGUUUUAGGUCUAAAUGUAAAAUGAAUUAUAAACUAUUUUAAAGACUUGCUCAUUAACAUUUUCAAUUUACUUCCUUCUAGUAUUCAUAAAUGAAUUGUUUACUUAUUUUGAGAUACCAGGUCACUCUUUCCAUUUUUGUUCAGAAGCACAAACUCAUAAAGAAGAAAACUGGGUCGUCUGAACAAGAACUUGUAUAGAAGCUAAUCUUCUAGAGGAAUUUUCUCAGUUCAGAUUCCUUCUUCCUGGCCAGGUGUGGUAGUACACACUUUAAUUCCAGUAUGCAGGAGGCUAAGGCAGGCAGAUCUCUGAGCUCGAA